GUUUGACAUGUCGGAGCAUCCUGCUGGACCAGGAUCAUGGUCCAGGUCUGGGUCGGGGGCUCUGAGGCCCAGGGCGGUGCAGGCGAUCGGGGCGGAGGCUCUGGUCGCCCUGCUGGAGGGGGGGCUGGACCGGGUGGUGCUGAUCGACAGCCGGCCCUUCGUGGACUAUAAUGCCUCGCACAUCCUGGAGGCGGUGAAUGUGAACUGCUCCAAACUGAUGAAGAGGAGGCUGCAGCAGGACAAAGUCCAGAUCGCCGAGCUGCUGCAGCACUCGGCCAAGAAGAAGGUAAACACGCCAGACAGAGAGGACGAGACAUUCAGAGCACGCAUGAGAACGAACAGGGUUUAAGAUUUCUAAUGGAGGGAGAGUUUACUGAAGAUGCUAACAACGAAUUAGAAAUGUUAAAUGACUCUAAUUUUGGAGAUGAGAUGCACUGAUCCAUUUUUUUCCAAUCCAAUCCGAUACCGAUACCUUGGCUGAGUGUAUCGGCCAAUAUCCGAUACCAAUUCAAUACGACUGUUGAAUGAAUGAGCUGUAUAUCUUGCCCUGUGAGUGAAGGCAUCAGGCUUGACAUUAGCCUUGUUAAAAAGAAAGUAACAGAUUAACACAGAUAUAAUUUACUUAAUAUUAUUUGGUAACAAAUAAAAAAAUUUACAUUAGCACACAGAAAAAAAGUAAGACUUCCAUGUUUUGCAAGAAAAAUUAAUUAAAAGAAAAAAAAACAGAUUGGAAUGUUGGAUCGGCAUCAUUCAUCUGAUAUCCAAUCCAGUUAAUUUGUCAAUAUCGGAGCCGAUAUCCGAUCUACAUAUUGGAUCAGUACAUCCCUACUUUGGUGGUCCAUCAGCAUUAAGAUUCUCCUGAUCUCCUUACAGGUCAGAUGUGGUCAGAAAAGGCCCAAAGUAUUCAGAAAAUAAACAUUUAAAGAGGUGUUUUCUCAUGUCCUGGCAGGCAGCUCUACGGUGGCCCUGAAGGUCAACGACACAAUCGUUUCAUGAACUCAAAGAAAUUUACAAAAACAGCUACAACCAUUCUCUAUAACACAAAAAUACUUAAAUAUAUAUAUAUAUAUAUUCAAACACAAACAUAUUUUUUUUAAAUUCUUUUUUUUUUUUUAUUAAAUGCAAAAAUAUUUCUUAGCAUUGAAAAGAAUUUACAAGAAGCCAAAACAUCUUUGCAAAAUCACCAAAAUUUUAAGAAACACAAAUUAUUUUUGCAUUUUUGUGAACAUAUUGUCAUGAAAUAUUUGGCUAUUACUGAAAUUUUGCAUUUAUUGAUUGUUUUCGGUGCUACAUGAAAUACUUCAAGUUAGGGCCCGACUGAUUUAUCGAUGAGCCAAUUAAAUCGUCCAAUUUUAGCCUGUUUGAGACCAAUCAGUAAUCGGCCAAAACUGUAGACAUCUACAGUAUACAUAUAUUUUUUUAUAACGUCAUUAAAAAAUUUAAAAUAAUAAGUAAUCAGAUUUUUCCCCCCUAAUAAUCAGUAUCGGCAUCAGCCCCAAAAAUUCUGUAUCGGUCGGGCCCUACUUCAAGUUUUUGUGACACUUUGGUGCUCUCUUAUAUUAUUGGGUCUCAUGAAAUGUUUUCCACGUCAGUGAAAAGACCUUCAGGGCCACCAUUCAUACCUGACAAAUCCUGAAUUUUACCUGUUUUCAAAACCAGUGUCCUGAUGUUAUGUCAGCAUCGUCUUGAGUGUUUGCUUUCAUUCCUUGUGCAGCAGAGUUGGUUUAGCUCUUUCUGCUCCUCUCUAAACAUGGUCUUAAUCUUGUAUCAGUGUUGCAUAAGUGGUUGCACCCGUUUUUCUCUGAGUCAUCACUCGAUCAAACCAGAACAAACAGACUUGUACAGCUAAAAUCAGUGCGAGCGGUUAAUAAAUCAGCUCGAUGACAGAUAAACAUCAGAUACUGACGUCGCUACAAGACAGAUUCUUUUCUAGUGAACUGAUGUGUGACUCCAAGAUAGGUAUGUUUAGUUAAGAGUUCAGAGGAUACAUCAGGGCUCUACUACUCAUGACAAAAAAAUUAAUUUAAGGGACAAAAUGAGACAAACAUUCUGAUUAUAAACAUGGUGGUCUCUGCCUCGGUAUGAGAAAUCAACGACUUCGAAAGCACAGAGGUUCCUAAACUUGGUGAAACGUCAAACCUGGCUCACUGUAAAUAAAUACAAAUCACUUUUUUACCCUGCUGAAACUGACAAACCCUUUAAAAAUGACAUUUCAGAGACAUGAACUGAUCUUUUUAAUGUGAUUUUAUUCAUUUAAGUGUUUGAUACUUAUCAGCUGCACUGAUUUCAGCUGUACGAGUCUGUUUGCUCUGGUUUGAUCGAGUGGUGACUCACAGAAAACGGGUGCAACCACUUAUGCAACUCUGCUAAUAGAUUGAGAACAUGUUUAGAGAGGAAAAAGAGGAAUACCAGUUCUGCUGCAUGAGAACUGAAAGUGAAAAUUUGGACAGAUAUUUGGAUUCAACGACGUUGUACAUGUCCUGACCUCUCUUCUCCAUGUGUGUCCACAUUUCUCCUCAUCCUGACGUUCCCUCACUCGCUCUCUCCUCAAACUGAACGUGGGCGUCUGACCUCAGAGCAGUUUAUUUUUAUUUAACAAAGAGAGUUUGCGAGCUUUAGAGGCCGCUCCUCCCUUUUUGUGGCGCUGUGUUAAACUGGAAUAACGUCUUUAAGGAAGCUCGGCCGCUCGCUUUAUUACUGAGGCAAAUUUUUCCAUCCGAUUAUGAGCUGUAAUUAAUUCAGUGAACGGCGGAGGAGAGAAAGCAGAGUUUCCUCCAGUGAGUUAAAGCUGAACAGCAGCCAAACCUCAGAGGGUUGUUCUCCGUGUGCAGCUGAGAGGAGGCUGAGUGAUCACACAGACCUGAUCGAAAAUGUUCAUCCUGAGAAAUCCUGAGAAAUUUGAAACAAGAAAACACCAAACAGAAGGAAAUAUUCUGUAAACGUUGCGUCUUAUUCUUGCCUGAUGCAGGAUUUCAGCCACUCAACAGUUCAGGGUCUCCUUUGUCCUAUUUUUGGUGUUAUGAUGCGCCAGAUAUUUUCAAUGGAUGACAAAUCAGGACUGCAGGUAGGCCAGUUUCUCAGCAGGACUCUUCUACGACAGAGCUAUGCCGUUGUAAUCCCUGCAGAAUGUGGUUUAUGAAAGUAUGGGGGUCUUUCCUGAAUAAGUCAUUGUCUGAAUGGCAGCAGAUGUUGCUCCUAAACCUGUAGAUAUUGUUCCGCAUUAAUGAAGCCAUCACAGAUGUGGAAGAGACUCAUGACAUGGACUCUUGAUUUUGCUUGAUUUGGACUGGGAGUUGAUAACUAGCCAAGUGGUCCCUCUCCUCUUUGGAGUGAAGGAUGCAGCGUCCAAGACAGUUUUCCUAUUCCCCUUAAUCCGCCUUAAAUGGGAUCAGGUCCACAGAAGUCUUCAGUGUUUCUGGAUCAUGUUUUUUUGUUUUUUUUUCCAGGGUAAAAGACACAGCGUCUAUGAUUUCAAAGAGAAAAAGUCAAGUUUGGAUGUACCAGACAUCAGGACAAAUUUAAGUUUGUGAUGCAGUGAUGAAUUGUGGUCAAAGACAAUAGAUUUGAAAGUAAUUUUGAGUCCAUGCAGUGAUUUCCACUACAGAGUCCUGUCUGUUUUAAUGCUGUUCUACCUGAGGGCCUGAUGACCAGGACCAUCCAGUACUGGUUUUGGUCCUUGUCCCUUUUGUACAGAGAGGAUAUUACGAUCUGUAGUUGUGUUAUUUCCAUUGAUGAUGACGUUGACGAAAUAUUUUCAUCAACAUCAUUGUCAACGAAAACAACACUGCAGAAUAUAUGUUUGGCGUUUGACUGACGAAAUGCUCAUGAAUUUUGCAACUCUGUUCGUCGUCCACCACUAACGUUUUCGUCUAGUCUGGUCUGGUCUCGUCUCAUCAACGUAAACGCACAUUCGUAUCAUCACAUUUUAGUCAUCUAAGACUUGUGUUUAGCUCGUCAACGUCACGUCUUCGUCAUGGAAAAAAAGGGGAACAACACUGAUCUGUAGAUGAUGAAAUCCUCAAAUUCAGGAACAUUAUUCUGAAACUGUGGAACCAUAAGCUUACACAGUCUCUCACAGAGUGGUGAACCUCCUCUGAGCCUCUCUGAAUGUCCUUUUUAUACUCAGUCAUGUAACUACCCUGUUAGAAAUUAACCUUGUUAGUUGGGAGAUGAUCCUCCAGAAUUCUGUUUUACCAUCUUGACUCCUGAAGAAGUGAUUUUGUGAUAAAACUGUUUUAUUGUAUCUAAAGACUGUCUGACUUUUCUUGUGUUUCUGUUUUUGUAGUUGGAGUUUGUGGGCGAUCAGGAGGUGGUGGUUUACGAUCAGAGCUCUUCAGACCCGUCGGCUCUCAGCUCCGAGUCAUUCCUCAGCGUCCUGCUGCUUAAACUGGAGAGGAGCUUCCCCUCCGUACACCUGCUCUCAGGUCAGUCUCAAAUAAGUCCUCUUCUGAAAAAUCCACAAGACUAGAACAAGUCAGCAGAUCCAAAGACUGAGGCACUCGCUGUGACUUGCAGGACUGAGACUUUUUCAUGUCAAACACCUGUGAGACAGAGACAAGUCAGAUCCAGAGACUCACAAGAGUGAGACAAGUCAGUCGUGAAACACUUGUGAGACAGUGACUAUUUAGAGUGAAGAGAUCCUUUAAAGACAGACAAGCGUCUUUAAGGUCUUUCCAGAAAGACUAGUGAGUUGAAGCCUGGAGUUUCAGAGACCUGUAAAGACUCGUUGUUGCAGCGGAAUAAACCUGAUAGUCUGAGGAAAGAUAAACUCUGGUCUGUGUGACUGAGAGUGUUUUCUCUCUGUGUGUUUGAGUCAGUCGUGAUAAAUCGGUUUAUGAGUCUGAUGACAGGCGGCUCGUCUGCAGACCUUCUCCUCUCCGCCGAGUGUCUGGUUAUGUAACGGUGAUGUCAUGCUUCAUGGCGGCUCCACCCUCACAUAUAAAAACACAAAGACUUCUGGUCUUCCUAAAAUCACUCGGUCAAAGGUUUCACUGUUACACAACGACAGAAACAGCAGUUUGACUUUGCAGAGGGAAAGAGGAACCUGUUUCUGAGAGUGAUGAUGAUGAUGAUGAGGAGGAGGAGGGACAGGAGAGGAAGAAUUAAAGGGGAGUUUACAGAAAGAGAGAGAGAGAAAGAGAGAGAGAGGGACGAUCUUCAUCAGCUCUGAUUCUAAAUAUAAGACUCUGACUGUAAAGUCUAUUAGUAUGGACAGACGUACAUUAAUUAUUCACUGUCUCCAGAAGAUCAGAAACGAGUGUCACACUUACCUUACACCUCAUGUGUAUUCUUCCACCGCUGAAAAUAGUCCCCGACAUAUACAUCCACUUAUUUGGGAGAGCGACCAGAGAUGCAAAAGUACUGGAGGCUCCUGGUUUGAUAUGUGAUUUGGUUCAUUUUGAUCAUGGUUUUGAUAGAUCUGAGUGUUUUUGGUGUUUCAUUCUUCACCAUGUCUGGUAAAGUUUACAGACACAGAAAGAAGUGAAGAGGAAAAAAGAUGUUUUUUUAGUCUCUAUGGUUAUGAGAACUGAAUAAAAAACUUUGAGAGUCUAUAAACGUGUGUGCACCUUUGAUUCAACCAGAACGACAUGAGUUUACUUAAAGUGUAACGUUCAUGGGACCCUCCAGACUUUCUAGCAGACUCAUAAGGCUCAAACAUUACCAAUUUUGGGGUUUUAAAAAACGCUAAACUGUGUAUUUGAUGGGCGGUUAUCAUUCCUCAUUCCUAAGUUAAGUGCGACCCAUAUUCAGAGGCUGUGGUCCGUCUCUCAGGGGUGGCUGAUUCAGGGGUCAGACAGUUUUUCUCUGCGUUUCCUUCCUGCCUCUCUUCAGCUGUUUUAUCAAUGAAAGGCAAAAAAUGCAGAAAAAAAAAAGAAACGACUCUGAGGCACAAAUUCAACCGGGGAUGCGACAGUUCUCGGGAUUACCUCAUAUUUCGACAGCCUGGCGUUUAAAACAUUCAACUUGCAGUUUGUGCUCUGACGCUGACUGAGCUGGAGAAAUAUCCAGUCUGAGCUGCAGAGCAUCCGUCCAGAGGGUCUGUUGCCAGGCAACAGAGGGGAGGAUGAGCAUGUGAUGCAGCUGAGUAAAACUCUAAACCAUAUUCAGUUUGAAUUGAUAAAAAGUUUGAGUAUUAGAAAACAAAAACAUUUAUUAAACAGUUUUAGUCCCACUAAAAUACUGUCAGUCUGCUGACUUUAAGACGCAUUUUCAAAUACACGCCACAAACUGAUAACCUCAAAACAUGAAGAGUGUAUUUUAUUGUUUGUCUCAUAACCAUAAAGACUAAAGAUAAAAUAAACACCGCUCAGAUAAAGUUCUAAAUCUUUGUGCUCAGUCUUUUAUUACUGAUCAAUCUUUAAACUACUCAGACGUGAGGUCAUUUGGCUGAGCAGGUUAGAAAGAAUCCUAAAUGUGGAUUCAGCAAAACAAAGAGAGGAUUGAAGAAGUACUUUCAGACUCUUUAAACAUUUAUCUUUGUGAUUACAAACAGAAUAUUUAAUCCUGCAUUAACACGGGGCUGAAAUACUCUGAAAAAUUUAGUUUAUUUUCUUUCAGAAUAAAAGCCUGUUAGAACAAGCUGAUUAAUGUGAUUUUUUUUAAUCUAUCAGGUGGGUUCUCCGAGUUCUCUCACCUGUUCCCCGGUCUCUGCGAGGGGAAGUCCUCCAUGGUCCCCUCCUGCAUGUCCCAGCCCUGCCUGCCCGUCACCAACGUAGGCCCCACCCGCAUCCUGCCUCACCUGUACCUGGGCUGUCAGAGAGACGUCCUCAACAAGGUGACAAACCCUGCCUUUCAGAUUAAGAGCUCCGUGUUGUUUAAAUCAGACUGUAGAAUCUGACUCUCUGUUUCUGUGUCAGGACCUCAUGCAGCAGAAUGACAUUGCCUACGUCCUCAAUGCCAGCAACACCUGCCCCAAACCGGACUUCAUCCCUGAGUCGCACUUCCUGCGAGUCCCAGUCAACGAUUCGUUCUGUGAAAAGAUCCUGCCCUGGCUGGACCGAUCAGUGGAGUUCAUCGGUACCUGAUCUUUUCUCUCACCUGUCCCGGUGUUUCCGUUUGGAUGAAAUGAAACUGAAAAGAUGAACACUUUGAUUUUUCUUGGCAUGUUUCAGAGAAAGCUAAAGCCUCAAACGCCCGAGUCUUGGUCCACUGUCUGGCUGGGAUCUCCCGCUCUGCCACCAUCGCCAUCGCCUACAUCAUGAAGAGGAUGGACAUGAACCUGGACGAGGCGUACAGGUGAGGAGCAGAGCUUCAAAACUGGACAUUUGUGAUGUGAUACUAUCAAGGUUAAGAAAAAACAAAGACAGUCUGAUGAUUAAAGUAUAAAAUACACUUUAAAUAAAACAUAAUUUAAUCUUUCCAGUUCAGUUGGUCUUCAGAGGGAUACUCCGGCGUAAAAUUAAGUUAGGGUCAGACACACCGUAACACUGAGUUAGACAACCCGUCAAGAAAUGAAUGUUGCCGACCGCUUGCUUCUCUACCAACUUUAAUAACGACCGCAUGAUAGCAAUACACAGCGGUCUACGUCUCCACACGCAAAUCUCAACCAAAAAGCCACUCUAUAGCCACAAAUAAUGCUCAGAACAGCACCUAACUUCAUCAACAGUACAUAUAGGGUCCCAGCCAUAGUACUAGCCACUAAACAUUUUUUUAACUUUGCCUAAUUUCUUUAGCAAAGAGACUAAACACAACUCACCUACUCUCUUCCAGCUGCCGCUUGUUUGUACGUAGACCUCAGGCAAAUCCAUUACCGCAGCGGGGUUUCGCAGCUCAAGGAAGAACAUUUAUGAUCAUUUCUUCAUGGAAAUGCAAUCAGACUGAGAUGCUAAGGCAGAAGAACUAGAAAAUGAUUAAUAUGGUGUUUAUUACUUAAAGGAAAUGAUAAAGAAAUGAUCAUAAAUGUUCUUCCUUGAGCUGCGAAACCCCGCUAAAAAAUUAACUUCUUGAAAACUGCAGCAACUUUUGUUCUGAUGUCCCACCCCACAUUUUAUUAUCUCAGACUUUUAAUUUGAAAGUCUGAAAUAUUGAUCUAGUUUUACUCCAGAGUCACAGGGUAUUUUAAAAGCUAUCCUGAAAUUGGACAGUUUAAGUCGUGUUCAGUUUCUGGUGGUUGUGGGCGGAGCAAAUUCCUCUUACAUAGCUGAACAGAGUCAGUCCUAAUGAGUCCAGAUCCUCAUUAACCCUCCAAUUAAAGAGUCCUCUGUGUCACUGCCUAUUACACUCACGCUGCUGAUCCCCUCUAAUGACCCACACUCUCCCUGUGUGUGUGUGUGUGUGUGUGUGUGUGUGUGUGUGUGUGUGUGUGUGUGUGUGUGUGUGUGUGUGUGUGUGUGUGUGUGUGUGUGUGUGUGUGUCAGGUUUGUGAAGGAGAAGAGGCCAACCAUCUCUCCCAACUUUAACUUCCUGGGUCAGCUGCUGGACUUCGAGAAGAAGAUCAAGAGUCCUCCUCACGGUACCGACACUAAACUCAAGAUCCUCCAUCAACCCGAGUCCAGAGAGGAGGUACCUGCUGCUGCUGCUGAGGACAGGAAGUCUGCAGGAUCUCAGGAGGAGGGUCCGGGCCCAGGUCCUGGUCUGGGUCUGUCCCUCCUGGAGCCGCUCACACUACCCUGCGUUUUGGCCGACGCCCCCGAGGAGCGUCUCCUGGCCCAGGCUCUGAGCGGCCUGACGCUCCCUGACGGCUCAGAGGAGAACGCCCGUCUCAAGCGGUCCUUCUCUCUGGACAUCAAGUCAUACGGCGAGCCAGGCGGCGCUGCUCCUCACCGCGUCUUUGUCCCCCAUGGAGGAACAGGAGACGCCGCCGACUUCUACAAACCCUCCACCUUCAAGGAGACGACCAGCAAGCCGUGUCAGUUCUCUCCAGUGGAGGAGGUGUCGGAGCAGUCCACACCGGAGCAGAGCCCUGACAAGGAGGAGGCAGACGGACCGGAGCGAGCAGCACUGCCACCCAGCACGCCACCAGCUUCUUCCUGUUUAACCAAACCUCCUCCUGCUGCUCCAAGCCGCUCACAGCCGCUCCACCGCAGUGGCAGCGUUGAGGAGAACACCACCAGCUUCCUGUUCGGCCUGUCCCGAAGCCAGCAGCACCUCGCCAGACCAGGGCCAGGCGGCGCCCUGAAGGGGUGGCACUCUGACAUACUACUCGGCCCCGUAACCGUGUCCACUUCCUCCCUGACUGGGGGCUGGUACCUCUCCUCUGACUCCGCCCGCUUCUACUCCACCUCUGCCAUCUUGAGCGGGGGCGGCUUAGCGGCGUACAGCUGCGGUGCCGGGCUGGAGGCAGUACGACGGCGCGGACGUCAGAGGACGGGGGACCGCGGGGACUCGAGGAGGAGCUGGCAUGAGGAGAGCACCUUCGAGAAGCAGCUGAAGAGACGCAGCUGUCAGAUGGAGUUUGGAGACGGACUGACGGACAGCCGGUCAAGAGAGGACAUGGGACAGGUGGGCAGCCAGUCAAGCUUCUCUGGAAGUAUGGAGGUCAUCCAGGUUUCCUGAGACCUGCCCGGGUAUCCUGAACCGACCUUGGUGUGCUCAGACUGAUUCAGGGACAGACACAGACUCUGGAAUCUGAGGCUCCGGAUGGAUCAGACUGAUGCAGCUUCAGAGCUGAGAACAGAACCGUGUCUCACUCAGACAGGUGAAGCGUUAGAGCUCAGAGGUGAGCUGAUACUCAGGUCAAAACAGCUGAUGUGAGCACCAGUACAGACAAAGUCCUGCCUUUGACUUUUGUUUGAGUGCAUGCAUAUCAGAGGAUGAGAGAGUAUUGAAUUCUGAUUGUUUUCAGCCAAAAUGUUGCGAGGUUUCACCGUUUACAGCGAGUCUGAUGAAGAUUAUUGACCCAAAGUUUUAGUUUCAUCCUGCAGGCGUUUCUGUGGUUUGUUUGAGACAUGAGAUCCAGCUGAAGGAGAUCCAGACAAAAGGAUUCAGGAGCAACAACUGUCGUAAUCUUUGAAAACAAACCCAGCUGUUUGUCUUUAAAUUAGAGAAACCAGAUUCACAGACACUUCAAAUCCAUCAGCAACAAACACUCAGAAAUUAACCUGAACUCACGCUUUUACAAACAAAUCUGAAGUACAGCUGUUGGUUUUACAUACUAAACAUGGUCAGAGUGUCAGACUGUGAAGUAAAGGUUUGUUGGAAUAAUCAGACCAGAACAGCUCCGAUUGGUGAGAAUCCUUACGAGGGUAAAAAUGUCAUCUGGCUCUGUUUUUGUUUUGUUUUUUCCCCGAAACUUUGUGGUUCAGAUUGGGGUCCAAACAUUGACACAUAUUUCACUAUUUGUAAUUUUUUUAAAUAGGGAGUUCACUCAACAACUGACGUGGCAACAGUGGAGGAAAGUGCCGAAAUGUUGGGUUCUGGAAUGCUGAAAUCAUGAAUGUAGAAUUCUGGCGUUAUUUAAGACUGUUGGAUUCCACAACUCUAAGGUUAUGUUCACACUGCCGGUCAAUUCCGAUUUUGACACAUAUCUGAUUUUUUCAUCUAAGUGUGAACAGUGCAAUUCCGAUUUUUUUCAAAUCCGACCCUUUUGUAUUUGAAUAUAAAUCGGAUAUGUGUGCGAUGUGGCUGCAUUGACUGCACCUAUACGUCAUCAAUAUGCGACAAACAUCACCAUUGUUCGACAACACAAACAGGUGCAGAAAGAAAUUUGUGCGCAUGUGGGUCACUUCACGGACGCAUUCCGUUCAAAUUAGAUGCCGCAUUCGUUGUUGUAAUGUGAACGACCACACAAAAAGAUCGGAUUUAACAAAAAAUCCGAACUGUGCAUCAUAACCUGCAGUGUGAACGUAACAUAAGUUCUGAAAUUGAGAAAUUCUGAGUUUCGGAAUCCUGAGUUCUAGAAUGCUUGGUUCAACGCAGAACUGAGAAAUGCUGGGUUCUAGAAUUCUGGGUUACAGAAUAAAGAGAUUUAGAGUUCUGGAAUGGUGAUUUUAAGAAUGUUCGUUUCUGAAAUGCUUGAUUCUGGAAUGAAGGAUUGAGCAAUUCUGAGUUCUAGAAUGAUGGGUUCCAAUAUUCUAACUUCUAAAAUGUAUGGUUCCAGAAGCCUGUGUUCCAAAACCUAUGUUCUGGUUCUAUAAUGCUGGGUUCCAGAGGGCUUUGAAGUGUCUUAAAGAGACAGUAGCGGAAAUGAAGCGUUUUAGACGGAGGCUGAAAUGAGGGAUUUCAAAGACUCUGAUUAGAGAUAAGGAGUUUUUGAGUAAAUUAUGGAGAGAGUCUUCAGAGGGAGGGGAGACCACAUGUUUACUGUGAUGACAGUUGGAUGAUAUAAAUGUAAAAACUUCAAAAUCAAACACUCACUUUAAAAAAACAUAAAAUUAUUUUAAAAAGUGAAAUUUCAGCUCCACUUGGAUUUUAACAUGAUGACAGUGAAUGCAUCACAGAGUCUAACACUCUUCAAAUCUGCAGAGAAUCUCCGGACUGCUCUCUACCUGAAGGUGUGUCAGCUCACCUGUGGAGUGAGAGGAGGAGUCACAUGACCUGCUCAGGUGCAGUAAGAGAGAAACUGAGGGGUGUGAUGCUGAUGAAGAUGAUAAAGACUAGAAAAAAAAGUUUCUAAUCAACUCUUCAGUGACGGACUCUGAGCCUGUGAAUGUGUUUGUUGGGGGGGAGGAAGCUGCUCUUCACCAACGCUCAGGCUCCCUGAUGAUGAUGAAGAUGAUUAAGAUCUGGACAGCUCUGGUCUUCUCAGUACCUCACAGGUCCAAACUUUACCUUAUUUUUUUUAAGUUGAUUGAAGGGUCUCAUGGGCAGGUGAUCUCUCUGAUUUUAUUUUAUUUUGAAGAACAGGACCUGAACAGACUCACCUGUCAGAGACUGAGUGAUGAAGAGGAGGGUGUGAUGAUGAUGAUGAUGAUAGUGUGUGAUGUGGAUUUAAGAGGCUGGGACUCGGGGUGAACGGGGUUGAAUGAUACAAACUCAGACGUGUUGAUGUUGCACUGUGGUGUGAAAGGAUCUGAUUAAAGAGUUAUGAAUCAGAAAAUGAAGAAGAAGAAUGUUUCUUUGUUUUGUUUCUUUUUUCUUUUGAUGAAUUAAUUUACUCAACAUUUAAGAAAACCUCCUGAAUGUUGUCUGACUGCAGAGAAAAGCCUCUAAAGUGUUCUGUGGUUGAGUUAAACCCUGCUGUAUUUCUCUUCCAUCAGAAAAUAGUUCUCCAGUAAGAGUUUGUCAGAUCCAGUCAUCCCCAAAAAACUGCAGAAUAUCCCUUUAUGUAUGUUCACAGUCUGAAGUGUGUAUUGCAGUAUGCACUUGAUGAGGAGGUACCAGGUGUUUUUUCAGGGUUUAGGGGUCAAAAACUGAAACUUAAAGUGAAAACUAUUUGGGUGGAUUGAUCCUUUUAAGAGCUGCUGUACAACUACUAAUACUACAGCGCCCUCUGGUGGACAUGGUGUGUACAAACACUAGUUUGAAGAAGUCAAACACAUUUUCAGCGUCAAUGAGCAAUAUUUUCUUUUUCAUAUGACAUAUUUAUUUUCAUUAUUCAUAACUCUUAUAUGACUUUAAUUACACCAGUUAUUAGAUAAAGGAGGUUUUAAGUUAUUGUUUAGACCAUCACAUGAUACAGUCUGGGACAGUAUUGCUGUUCUCUUCCUAAAUAUCUUUCAAUACUUGAGACUCCGAUAAAACUAAAUAAAAGAUUAAAUAUUUAAAACACUUAGAAAAGUUAGAUUAAAGGUAUUAUUAUCAGACAGUUUUCCAAUGAUGAAAGCUUAAUAUUAAAGAUGCUGAUUGACUCACUUUAAGGUUUAGUGUCAGUCAACCUGCAGUAACUCUAAACUGCCACUGUGAGACUUCUUUAACUCAUAAUUUAACAUUUCUAAGCUUUGGUAAAGUUAACCUAUAAAGUAAAAGGAAAUACUGUAUUCUACAAGCACCCUGAGUACAGGUAAAUAUCUCAUUAGUAAAUGUACCUGCAUGCCAACCAGCAGCAGGGGGCGUCCUCACCUUUACACUGAGUGUUUACACAGGGAGCCACUGUGAUUGCUUUCCCCUCAGUUCUGACUGAAAGGCUCUCACCUCCUGAAAACGAGCGUUUUAUUGAGCUUUGUGUCACACUAUUACAGUCACAGUUACAAGAAUCUCGUCUCCUCCACUGAGAUGUUUUUAUGAUUGCAAAAAGAGUGGUGUUCAUGACGUAAAACCUACUUCCCUCUUCCUGUUAAAAAAGAUUACACUCAGAUCUCAUUCAGAUAAAAUAGUGGAGAAUAAAUGUGAUUCUCAGAAGAGGACAGUGGAAUCAACUCUAGGUAGAGGAAGUUGUGAUAAGGAACUGUUGGGAGGGACCUAAUACAGUUUUUUUCUUAACUGAAAUAUGAAGGUCUUCCCUGAAAAAGUCUUUGUCCGUGUUGCAACAUAUAUUGUUCUCAAACCUGUAUGUAUUGUUUAGCAUUAAUGGAGCCUUCACAGAUGUGUAAUUUACCCAUGCCAUCAGGAGGCUGGCUUUGAACAGAGAGCUGAAAACAAGCCUCUACUCUUUAAAGAAGAAGAUACAGCAUCCAUGAAAUCCAAAAAGAGUACUAAAAUUUUGUGUUUCUGGAUCAUGUUUAUAUCUGGUUUCCUCUCUGCAU